AGAAUUACUGACAUGUGGCCCUGUCAGUCAUCUCACUAUUCAUCCCUGUUCCCUUACGUCCACUGAGCGUGUGUUUGUGUUUGCACUCCUGCUAGUGUGGUCAGUCUGCUCUCUGUUAGUUCUUCCAGACUUUCUUCUUUUCUUCUCUUAUUUGUCCAGGGUGGGGACCAAGAACCUUUCCCCUGAAGCUUUUAUUGGGUGGAGACGUUGAAACAAAGCUGGACUAGCAGGUCCUCUUUUUUGUGAGCGACAGAGGGAGGCUAACAUGGCUGCUCUGCAUGUCAAGCUGCUGCUGGGACUGCUACUCGCUCUGUUGAACACAGGUUCAUGGAGCGAGGAGGUGGACAAACUUCAGGAAGAGGGCGCAACCGAGGCAGCCAAGCUGGGAAAUGCAAAUGUGGCAGGGGAAGACAUGGCUGGACAUGAGGAAGGCAGAGAGGAAGACUCAGAUGAAGAGGAAGGGUCAGAGGAAGAGAGUGCAGAGGAUGUUGAUGGUGCCAAGCAGUCUGUUGAAGAGGAGGAUAUUCCUGCUGAUGAGGCAGGUGAAGAGGAAGGUGAGGAAGAAGAGGAUGAAGUUGAGGAAGAAUCUGUAGGGGAGAAAGCAGCUGAAGUGGAGGAAGAGGAGGAGGCAGGUCAGGAGGAGGAGUCAGAGGAUGAGGAAGAGGAGCUAGAGGAUGAAGAGGAAGAUGAGACUGAGGAGGAAGAAGCUGUAGAUCAGACAGAGGUGGCAGAGGUGAGGGGAGAGGAGGAGGGAGAUGAGGAAGCAGAGCCAGAAGAAGAUGAAUUUGCCAGUGAGGAAGCUACUGAUGAAGAUGAAAUAGAAGAGAAGGAGAACGAAGAACAUUCUGAGGAGGGAGGGGUUGUUGAAGAUGAGGCCGGUGACCUUGAAGAUCAUCAUAAAUAUGGUGAACACACAGAGACAGACGGGGAGGAAGGAGAUGCAGAGGACACUGUUGAUGAGGUAGAGGAAGACACAGGAGAAGAGGAGCUUGCAACAAGCUCUACAGUUCCAGACUAUCACACAGGCUCCGUGUGUAGCCUGUGCUCCGUCUGUGAGCACUGCAAUAACUGUGACAAGUGUCCUUGUGAGGCAGGAGACUUAGCAGCACAUUGCCAACACUGUCAACAAUGCUCCUACUGCGCUCUCUGUUCUGUGUUCUGUGAGACAGUCUGUGAGCCAGGUGGCAUUGUGGAUGUUCUAUCUGGAACUUUUUAUCAGACUAUUGCCUCGUAUCUGUGAGCACCUAUGACAUUCUCCCCUGUGCCACCCUGUAGUGGAGAGCAGCCGUUUGGCUCAGCAUCUGUGAUGUUUGUUAGUGCUUGAAAACAUAUCCUCAUCUUAAGGCAGGUACAGAAUUAUGGAGCCUUUAUAUGUGCAGUUGAGGUCAGCACACCCAGGGGCAUGUGGUUUACACUGGCACAUAAACAUUUCAACAAGGUGGAGAGUUUAGUUUUAUAAUUUUUCAAACUUAAUCUCCCAGAUUUAAAUUCAUAGAAAGCAUUCAUAGUAGUAAAUAUAAAAUGUUUACUUAAAAAAAUUUAGUUAAAAUAUGUUCUGUGGUGACACAAGACCUGUAUAUCUGGUUUCAGUACAGGUGAGCUCUUUGAGCAGACAGAUGUGCUAAGGCACAUGUUCUGUGAUUCAGUGGCAUGUCAUUCAUAGGCUCAUAAAUAAAAAAUAAAAGAGUCAUUUUAUAUGCAUUUGUUUAUACUUUAUAUCUGUUUGUGUGUAGUUAGACUGAUGAUUAAGUAAAUGAAAAAACAAAACCCCAACAUCAAAUAUUGAAUUAAAACACUAUAGUCUGUUUAGAUCAAAUUAAUUAAUUUUGUUAUAAUAUUAACAUUAUAACAUUAUAUAACAGUAUAGUAUAAAAACACAAUAAAAAUAACAAAGUUAAUUUAUUUUACACAGAUAUGUAAUA